AGUCUUUACGGCAAGAAAAAGUUACACAUGCAUUUACACAGAAAGCUAUGAGCAGGAUGUUUACCUGGAUAGCAAAAGUUGCCCCACAACUGCCUCAGCCAGUGAAGCAUCUGGAGAUCAGAUCUGAGGUUAAGAGUAGCUCUCAACCUGCAGAAGAACCAGAAGAAGAGAAAACAGAGAACUUUACAGAAAAUGCAGACCAAGUCUCCUUACCAAAAAAUGAAACAGAUAUAUGUUCUAACCCAGGAGAAACACAAGCUGAACCUGACCAGGUGCCAUUGCCUUGCACAGAAACAAGCUCUGGAGGUGGUGUCCUAGUCUGGAUUGCGCAGAAUCUAAGCAGAUUCAUUCCACAACAUCUUGGUAGCUCCACACUGCCAAGACCUGCACCAGCUGAAUCUGAAAAGGAAAUAGAGAUUAAGGAAGAAGAACCAAGCACAGCUUGGUAAUUUUUAUUGAUGGUGACUGUGAUACCCUCACCAGAUCCAGCUCCAGCACCAGCUCCAGAUCCAACUCCAGCUCCAGAUCCAACUCCAUCCCAAAUUCCGGCACAAGCUCCAGCUCUAAUUCCAGAAAGUGUUCCAGCUCCGGAUGACCAACCACUAAGUCAGCCAUCUCCUGUUGUAGAAAACCCAUUGGUCCAGGACCAGCGGGAUGAAGGUCGAAGUGGUGGAAUGUUCAGGUGGUUUGUAGAAGGGCUGGAAAAGGUGUUACCACAACCAGAAGGAAAAUCUAAACCAACCAAUCUCAAUAUGGCAGCAGCUGAGGCGGCCAUUGCUCCCCAGGAAGAAAAGGAGGAACCUGCAAAACCACAGACAGAACAAUCCAUUGCUGAAACAAUGCCUGAGCCUGCGGCUAAGCCUGAGCCCGAGCCAGAGCCUGAGCCUGAGCCUGAGCCUGAGCCUGAGCCUGAGCCAAAAGCAGAAGUUGUUGUGACACCUAAAGAGGCCACUGAGCAACAGACAGAACAGACAGAUACUGACUGCAUUGUCAAUGUCAUUGAAAUGCCUCACUCGUCAGCUAAUGGAAGCAGUAUGUUUGGUUGGAUGACUCAAAGCCUGGGAAAGGUGAUUCCUAAGCCUGUAGGGAGCUCUGUGCCUGUAACUACCACAGUGAAAAUGGAGCAAGCACCCCAAGAAACUAAGGUCCCAGUGGAGGAGAAGGAAUCACAACUGAAUGUGACUGAUGUUAAAGAGGAAGUGCCCAAAGCUGUAACCAUUAUAGAAGUUGUUCCAGCUGAUCCAAACCCAGAUUCUAGAGUGAAGGAAGAGAAGCAGCCAGCGGGAGAGCCGAUCACCAAGACCAGCAGUGAGGAGGCUAAAAGUGUCUUCAGUUGGCUAGCAAAAGGUCUUGGGAAUGUUGUGCCACAGCCAGUCAUCAAAUCCCAAUUAAUAAAGGAGAAUGACAGGACUACAGCUGCAUGCCAUGCAGAGGAAAUUCCAGUUUGUAUUCCAAAGGAGAUGGAGUUGGUAGACAUUGAAUCUGACUGGGAUGAAGAGGUUCGAUACCUUGAUGCUGAAACUCAAACAAGCGAAUGUGAGGCAUUGGCACAGAUCACAAAACAAACCACAGCCACAGAUGUAACACUGAUAAAGCAGAGUGAUGAGACACCAGAGGAAGAAGAAGAAAGGCAGCUGUGGAGUAUCACCGAGGAGGAGGAGGUGGACAUGGAAAUUGUGAAAGUGUGUGAAGGAACUAAGAGCUGUGAAGAUCUACCCAGUGAAGAGGCAGAGGCGGUUUGCAAAAGAACCAACAGCAGUGAGGAUCAAUCAACAGCAGAAUUGAUGCAGAUUUGUGAAGAAGCAAAGACUGAUGAUGGUCUAUCAACAGCACUAUCAUUGCAGGUGUAUGAAGCAGCCAAGAGCAGUGAGGGUCUGUCACGAGCAGAAAGUAAGUCCAAUCAGGAAAAUGUGGAUGAACCAUCCCAUGAGUCACCUGUGCAAGCUUGGAAUAGCCAAACAAAUCUCCAGGUUGAUGACAGUUCCAGAGAUAAACAGGGUUCAACAACAAGUAUUACCAGCGCCAUUGUUAAUGAGCGCCUCCAAGAGCUGGUGAGAAGCUUUAAAGAACGAACAGAACUAGUCAAGGAAAAGCUUAUUGACCCUGAUGCAUCUGAAGAUGAGGGAAGUCCAACUGCAUCCCCAACUAAGAAGGCUAUGGAAGCCCCCCCUCCACCUCCACCCCCACCGCGAGAGGAAGAAAAGGAGGAAGAGGAGGAAGAACAUUAUUGUGAAAUGAUGUGCUGCCGGUUUAAAACUCAACCUUGGAUCAGACGGAUUAGAGGACUGGGGUUUCCAUCCAGCGUUGACCCCUUCAGCAAUCCAAUGUAUGUGCUGUGGUUAUCCAUUGUGGUCUUCGCCUGGAAUUGGAAUGUUUGGUUAAUCCCUGUUCGUUGUACCUUUCCUUAUCAAACACCUGAUAACGUCCACCUGUGGCUGUUGAUGGAUUAUUUCUGUGAUCUGAUCUACGUGAUAGACAUCGCUUUUUUCCAAUCCCGUCUUCAGUUCGUUCAAGGAGGAGACAUUAUAACAGCAAGAAAGCCUAUGAGAGAAAAUUACAUGAAAACACCUAAAUUCAGGAUGGACUUAGUGUCACUUUUACCUCUGGACAUUUUGUACAUUAAGUUAGGUUUCAGACCUGUAUUAAGGUUUCCACGCCUCAUGAAGUACAUGACCUUUCUUGAAUUUAAUGACCGGCUGGAGGCUAUAAUGAGCAAGGCCUAUAUAUAUAGAGUGAUAAGGACCACAGUAUACCUACUGUACAGCCUCCAUAUAAAUGCCUGUCUAUACUACUGGGCAUCUGACUAUGAGGGCAUUGGAGCCACAAAGUGGGUCUAUGAUGGGGAAGGAAACAGUUACAUGAGGUGCUAUUACUGGGCUGUGAAGACUCUGAUUACAAUUGGAGGGCUACCGGACCCACAGACAGUAUUUGAAAUAUUCUUUCAACUUCUCAAUUAUUUCACAGGAGUCUUUAUCUUCUCCAUUAUGAUUGGUCAGAUGAGAGAUGUGGUGGGUGCAGCCACUGCUGGACAGACAUAUUAUCGAAACUGCAUGGAUAACACUGUGAAGUAUAUGAACUCUUACAGAAUUCCUCGAUUCGUCCAGAACAGAGUACGGAAGUGGUAUGAAUUCACUUGGGAAUCACAAGGAAUGCUAGAUGAGACAGAGCUGUUGGUGCAGCUUCCUGACAAGAUGAGAUUGGACAUUGCUAUUGAUGUUAACUACAGCAUUGUCAGUAAAGUGGCACUGUUUCAGGGGUGUGACAGACAGAUGAUUUACGACAUGCUGAAACGACUGAAGUCAGUGGUGUACCUGCCUGGAGACUACGUAUGCAAGAAGGGAGAGAUUGGGAGAGAAAUGUACAUCAUUAAAGCUGGAGAGGUCCAGGUUGUUGGUGGUCCUGAUGGAAAGACUGUGUUUGUGACUCUACGAGCAGGUUCUGUAUUUGGCGAGAUCAGUUUGCUUUCGGUUGGAGGAGGGAAUCGACGGACUGCAAAUGUUGUAGCUCAUGGAUUUGCAAACCUCUUCAUUCUCGACAAGAAAGACUUGAAUGACAUUCUAACCCACUAUCCAGACUCUCAGAAGCUGCUGCGAAAGAAAGCUAAGAAACUGCUGUCUAAAAGUGAUGGAAAAGAUGUAAAGCCACAACCAAAAGGAAUACAGCAUAUCAUCCCUCCAAGACCAGAGACUCCCAAAUUAUUCUUGGCAGCCCUCUCGAUAACAGACAAAUUUGGAAUCAAGGGAACAUUCUCACUUAUUAAACAGAAACUCAGAGAAUCUGCCAAAAUGAAGCCUCUUCCAAAGCCUCCUGCCUCCCCUGUCCAUCGCCGAUCACCUGUUCCAGUGGAAAAGGUGGAGGAUGAUGAUGAUGAUGAUGAUGAGGUUGUUUCCAAAUCUUCGGAUUACUCUGUGCUGAUCAGAAUGAGCCCCUCACACCGCAAGUCUAAGGGACAAAUCUUAUCUGUAGAAGUCCCAACUGAAGGAGAGGAAGAAGAUUCUGAAAAAUGAUACUGCUUUGGAUUUGUGUGUUGUGCUGUUAACAGUACCAGCUAAAAACUAGGCUUGAGAUGUCACAUUAAGAUGCAUUUACUAACAGUUAGACUCACACUGCCACCAAUGCAUCCAUAAGGAAGAUAGACUCACAAUGAUAAUAUGUCGUUCACAAAAUUAGGAUGUUUCAAAGUGCUUUACAGUCAAAUAAAUGCUUAAGUAGCCUCUGUCUUAAUGUAGGAAACACAAUGUUUAAUUUGUGCACAGUAUGGUCUCACUAUCAUCCAAUCCGUUUUAGGUGUUGUUAUGUGCUAGGUAUGUUAGGAAGAUCGGAAACUACCACUGUGACCAGUUGCUAACCAAGUUACAUAUGUUAACAAGAAAAUCAAACUGUGUCUGCCGAGGAUCAAUUCCAGGGGAAUACACUCUCAGAAAUUACUGAAUAAUGUAUUCCAGACAGUGCAAGUAUCAAGGGAUCAGCAAAGAUAUAUUUCCCCAACACAACGAAGAAAGAGUCUGGAGACAUACACAACCAUUCAUGGAUAUAGCUCACUUGUGUUAUCACAACAUUUUCAAACAUAUUCUAUGAACCUCCAAAUAUAUAUAAAUGUUGUACAUUACGCAUAAUAGCCAUGCCAGACACACACUCAUGAAACAUAUGGGAACUAAUCCUAUCCACAGCAGUAGCAGUGCACAAGUAUUUAGUUGCGUACCUACCACCUGCAAAUUUUACCACACUGAAUGUAGACUGAGAACACUAACAUACAUAUGUCACUAAUUAUUGUUAAGCCAUUAGCGUUGAAUAUACGUAAAUGAAACUAAAUGUGUAUGUUAAUUAUUAUAGCUGUGUGUAGUUAUAUAAAAGUGGUUUUGCAAUUCUAAAUAUCUUUUACUUUUCUGGACAUUCUGUAGUCAGCCAUUCUUUUCAGAAACAAGUUACUGUCAUGGGGAGCCUUUGAAAUUGGCAUCACCUCUACAAAAUAAAGCUUCAUGAUAUAUCAA